CAAAAGAAAUCAAAUUAAGAAAACCAAGAGAGAAUAUAUAUAGGUGUUCCAAAGAAAAUGGUGAGAACUCCUUGUGUUGACAAGCAUGGAAUUAAAAGAGGCGAAUGGAGUAAAGAAGAAGACAACAAACUAAGAGCUUUUGUGGAAAAAAAUGGUCAUCCGAAUUGGCGCCAAUUGCCUAAAUAUGCUGGUCUAUUGAGAUGUGGGAAAAGCUGCAGACUGAGAUGGAUGAAUUACUUGAGGCCCGGUUUGAAGAAAGGCAAUUAUAGCAAUGAAGAAGAGGAGCUCAUUAUUAAAUUACACAAUGAACUUGGAAACAGAUGGUCAGCCAUAGCUGCAAAAUUACCAGGAAGAUCGGACAACGAUAUCAAAAACCAAUGGCAUGCUCAUCUUAAGAAACGUGCGAAUAUAAUAUCAUCAACGUCAACGGAGCAAUUUACUGAAUCUUCACAGUUUGUAAAAUCUCAAAAUGAACACUCUUCUAAUUAUAAAGUUUCAGAACAGGAAGCUGGCUGUGAUAUGAAAGAGUUGCAAUCUGCUAGUGUUAAUGCCGUUGACACUUCAGUAGAGGUUUCAUCAAGUGAUUUAUAUUCGAGUUGUUCCCUUUUAAAUGGAAUGGAUUGGAUUGAAGAAGAUCAUAUCAGGUCAAUGGAAAAACUUCCAGCAGAUUUCUUGAACUUUUGUUGGACAAAUCCCAUCGACAAUUUUCAGACAGAACCCUUUGACAAUUUUCAGACAGAACCCUUAGACCAUUUCUGGAGACAACCAUUCUUUUAAUUCUUAAAUACCUCAACCUACAACAAGUUCUUACUUAAUACAUUCUGCAAGUUUUUGAAAGAACGACGAGGAGAGAGCAUGUGUGAUCAAUGACAUAUCAGAGCUUUUAAUUAAAUUUUUUAUUUUGA